AUGGCGGCGGCGGCGGCGGCGGCCGAGUACCCGAAGCAACUCAAUCGGAGCGACCAUCGUGGUCUUCAGGAGGAAAUCAUCGGCGGCGGCGGCAGCAGGUUCGACGACCUUCCCGACCACAUCCUGCACCACAUCCUCAGCUUCCUAGACAUCAAGUUCGCCAGACUACUACAUACAUACAUGAUAACCGAUUUAAUGAAGCCAAUACCUAAAGAAAUUAGGUUGAAUCUUUACCUUGAGGUUGGCGCCAUGGCCGUGCUAGCAGAGAACAGGCAGCCGGAAGGCGAGCUGCAGGGGAAGAGGAAACGAAAGCGUAGUAGGGGAAAGAAAACUCCGGCAAAUCAGACUGAUAAAGCUCCAGAGGGGAACCAGAAUGCAGAGGGGAGUCGAGAUGAGGAAGAGAUGGAAGUUAUGAAAGACACGAAGAGAGGAAAGAAGACGAAGAUAGUGGUGAGGAAGGAAUUCGAGGGUGAUGGGGGGAAGUUGGAGGAAAUGAGACAGGGAGAAGAUCAGGGUGGUGAAGCAGAGAGCAAGUCAAAGGAGAAGAAAGUGAGGGGCGGCGGCGGAAUUAUGAGCAGUGACUCGUUUGAUUCUCUGGAGUUAUCCGAGCCUACGAGGAAGGCGAUUCGGGAGAUGGGAUUCCAGUAUUUGACUCAGAUUCAAUCCAGGGCGAUUCCGCUUCUGCUAAUGGGCAAUGAUGUUUUAGGUGCAGCAAGGACAGGUUCAGGGAAAACCCUUGCCUUUCUGAUACCGGCUGUGGACUCGACGCAUAAAGUGGCAGAAGGCCUUCUCAAGUACCAUUCUCAGACUCUUGGGCUGGUUAUUGGUGGUGCAUCAAGGAAACAAGAAGCCGAGCAAAUUGUUAAAGGGUUCAACUUGUUGGUUGCUACUCCUGGUCGGCUUCUUGAUCAUCUUCAAAUUACCACAGGAUUUGUUUAUAAGAACUUGAAAUGCUUGAUGAUUGACGAGGCAGACCGGAUACUGGAGGCCAACUUUGAGGAAGAAAUGGAAAAAAUUAUCAAGCUUUUACCGAAGGUGGAGGACCUUGCUCGAUUGUCGUUUCAGAAGACUCCUGUUUAUAUUGAUGUUGAUGAUGGGAGACACAAGGUUACCAAUGAAGGUCUUCAGCAGGGCUACAUCAUAGUACCGAGCGAAAAGAGGUUUCUUUGUCUUUACACUUUCUUGAUGAGGAACACUUCGAAGAAAGUGAUGGUUUUCUUCUCGUCAUGCAAUUCUGUCAAGUUCCAUUCAGCACUUCUUAAUUACAUCAAAAUAGAAUGUGAUGAUAUCCAUGGAAAACAAAAGCAAGAGAAGCGAACCACGACCUUCUUUAAAUUCUGUAAAGAUGAGAAAGGGAUCUUGCUAUGCACUAAUGUUGCUGCUCGUGGACUUGAUAUACCCGCUGUGGAUUGGAUUCUGCAGUAUGAUCCUCCUGAUGACCCCAAGGAGUACAUACAUAGGGUUGGGCGAACAGCACGUGGAGAAGGUGCAAAAGGAAAUGCCUUAUUGUUCCUACUUCCAGAGGAGCUUAAAUUUCUGCGAUAUUUGAAGGAAGCAAAAGUCCCCGUGAAUGAGUACGAAUGUGUUAAAGAUAAGGAUACGAAUGAGGAUAAGAUAGCAAAUAUUCAGACGUUCCUGGAGAAACUGAUGGUGUCCAAUUAUGAAUUGAGGAACUCGGCGAAAGAAGCUUACCGGUCUUACAUAUUGGCAUACAACUCACACUCCAUGAAAGAUAUCUUCAACGUCCACCGCCUCAAUCUACAGAAGGUAGCAGCUUCAUUUGGCUUCUCUGGGCCACCAAAGGUGAACCUGAACAUCGACAGCAGUGCCUCCAAGUUCAGAAAGACCAACAGCAACAGGAAGAAAGAGAUGACAGCGCGGCCGUUGUCCGAGACAUUCCGGUCCGUCAAGUCUCCGAACCUCAAAUCGCCAAAGUUACCAUCUUCGACGACGCUGCCGCAACGAACACCGCAAUCCAUUUCAGCGCAAGCGGAGUCCAGCUCGAAAUCAGGGUCUUGGUGUGUUUACCUCAUCGCUUCCACCAAUCCCCCAAUCAAAACCUACGUCGGCGUCACUACUAAUUUCUCCCGCCGGUUGAGACAGCACAAUGGGGAGCUCAAAGGUGGAGCGAGAGCAUCACGCUCAGGGAGGCCCUGGUUCUGUGCUUGCUUAAUACAAGGCUUCUGCAACCGGAGUAAAGCCUGCGAGUUUGAAUCAAAAUGGAAAGGAUUUUCAAGGAAAUUGCCUCGAAAGAGAGCAUCUGAUGGCGUGAACAAUGAGACGGCCGAUGGCUUGAAGAAAUUGAUGGAGCACAGGGAGUUGGCCCUCGGUAGAGUUAAGGACGCGUUUGAUUGCAGUCAGUUGGAUAUCAGCUGGCAACUGUAGCAGCAGUUCUGUGUUAGAGGCAUUCCCUUUCUGGUCUCCCCAUUCGCACCUAGAAUGAAAGAUGAGAAGUUCACUUUCUCUGCAUCGGUAUUAUUUGCAGCCAGCAAAAGUUCAAAUUAACAUUUUUGGAGGAAAUCGCCAAGAAAGAGAGCACGGGACAAGUUGAAGAAAGACAAGAGUGAAGACUUACAAAAAAAAAAAAAACUGCUCGAGCACAGGGAGUUGGCUCUAAGUACCCCUCAAGGAUUCAUUUGAUCACAGUCGAUCGGAUAGCGGAUGGCUCCUGCAGCAGCAGUUCUCUGCUUCAGAUAAUUUCUGCAAUCUUCUGCAGGUUCCAGCUAUCUGAAUUACGUAGUGAUCGAUUGUCCUAUUACUGUAUGUUGUAAUGUAUCUGAAUUUGUAGAUGCAGCUGGAAGCAUCUCGUCUUAUGAGACUGAAGAUCCUGCGGGUGCAGUCCCCGCGAGAAAUUUGGAUAUAUUGGCCCUGAACUUAACGAUUCUUACCACAACAAGUGAUACUUGUGGAGUCAUUUUCUGGUUGAAAUAUGUUCAUUGAAAAGUAUGAAGAGAAUGUACUGUGGUAUUAAUGCUGUUGGUGGUUGGUAGCUGCAGCCUGCAAGUUUGGUUUGGCAGCUGAGCUUUUAAUAUCCUGCCAAACUAUCUUCACUGGUUCAAACGGCCAGAAAAGUUAUAUAGC